UUAACUUUUUUUUGCUUUUCAGAGGAACUGUCUCGGACUGAGAGGUGAGUAUUUAUACUUAUGACCUGUUUUUCUUUGUAGAAUAACAUUUGAUGGCCAUGUAAUUCUAAGACAAAAAAAAAUAAUUACCGUACAAUCUCAUUAUACACACUAUUUAAUGGAUCAGUGUCAUUCCUGUUCAUUUAAUACACGCGCAAUUGAUCUUUUAGAAGUGGAGAUUUGCUCUAGCUAUUUUGUGCUCUUCCUUAAAAACUUGUUAUUUUAACCCAGCAGUACCAUCAUUUUUACCUAAAAGAGCUAAACUUUUUUUUCCUUUACUGUAGAAUAAUAUAACCUUUGUCCUUUAGAGAUGUAUUUUAUGUCAAUUAAAAUAUCAGACCAUGUAGGAACAUGACAGCAGGGAUUUGGGAGAAACAAGCACAAUGUCUGACGGCAGUGAUGUGUGGGAGUCAGCCGGCAGUGGGACAAGGGAUGUGCUCGAGGACAAAAAAGACACAGGUGGAUUCUCUGAACAUGAACUCCUUGACAUCAUGUAUGAUGCAUGCAGCACCUCCAACACAGGAGAAGUGUUGGCCUCCACAAUCAUGCAGUACCUGCAGACCAUGACGGCUCAGAGUCCGGAGCAAGAUAGACUGGCAUCCCUGCAACGGUUGCUCAACCCCGACGGUCAGGACCCUCACGUGAGCAGAGAGACUUUCCACUCCACCAUGAGGGAGUGGAUCGCAGAGUGCAGCCAGGACAGUUCUGAGGUGGACGACAGUCACAUAUCUUGGCCUGGCUCAUCUAAAGUGCCAGUAAACGGGCUGGAUUUCUCAGCAUCUCAAAGCAAAGUUGCGUCCCCAGAGAGCCACCAGUGUCCCUGUGAUGGAAAAGACCUGUCGGGCACAGUGGCUGAACUGAAGCUCGCUCACCGCAAGCUGAGUGAGCAGAACAGCAGCCUGAUGAGGACGGUGGCUCAGUGUGAGGACGUAAACCUGCAGCUCACUCUGGAGGUCACUGAGCUGCGUGCAAAGCUUGCAAGUGCUCAGCGGUCAGCAGUGAGAGCCAGAUCACUUACGGAAGAACUGGAGGAAACCCGUCGAGCAUUUAAAGAGGCCCAAGAGAGAGCCAGCCGUGCACAGACCACCUGCACCAAAGUGAGCAAUGAAGUUGAAUGCCUGAGGGUUCACAUCAGGAGGCUUGAAGAUAAGAAUGAAAAACUCACCUUUGAAAGGACAUGUUCUGAAGAUAGCAUCAACAAACUGAGAAAAGUAAACGCUGAGUUGAGGGCCGAACUCGAGGAAACCCUGGUUAUGUUGACACUGAGAGACAGGGAAAUCACUAAGGUAGGUCCAUCUGUGUAUUGUCAUUGGAAAAAAAGUCGAUCUAUCUUUUUAAAUUUUGUCUCUUAA